AUGUAUCAGUGUGUAUUUAAGAGUCAUUGUGCUUUGAUUGUAGAUCAUUUGAGCAGUAUGCAGUACACAAGUCAGGUGAUAGUUAAAUCGUUAUUAGUUGCUCUAACUGUUUCUUCAGGAUCAUGUUGGCAAUUUUUUACAUCAAUAGGUGAUUAUAAACUGACUAAUUCUCCGAAGACUGAGGAACACUUACACAGUCAAUACAUGUAUGGAGAUUGCAAACUUGGUGAAGUAAAAUUUUAUACCCAUGUACAUCUGGAUCAUACGUCAGUAUUAGGAAAAGUAAUAAUACGGUACAUCAUUCUCAAUACCAGAAAACCACAACAGUUCAUUCUUAUUGUUUCCUCAGACAACUACCGGCCAAAGGGCCUUGGAAAUCGCAGUAAGUUCAUUAAAAAUCUGAAUGAAAUCUGCUGGCUACCUUCCAAUGGCUGGUCGGAGGAGGAGAGUUGGAGGACUUCAACCGCUGGUCUAACGUCAACUCGCCACUUCAACUUAAUGGCUCCCUGCGACUCUGCGACAAUGGCGUCAGUGGUCCACCUAGCGGAAAGCCUGCCUCUGUUUGCUGAUGACGACGGCUUCUCUUCUUAUGUGGCCUAA